AUGAGCGACGAAAAAGAAAAGCUCAAAAAAAAAAUCCUACAUGACACAGAAUAGCUAGCAAAGGGUUAAAGAUUUGCCUUAUUCUCUUCUCCAGUCCCACUGGGUUUAGGAGAUGACAGUUACGAUUUCAAAAAGAAACGUACCUAUUUUCUUAAAUACCAUAGCUCCUAGAGGAGAGAAUGGCAAACCAAUUACUCAACCCACUAAUAUGAAAAUUGGAGCCCCAAAAAGCGGAAGGAUUAAAAGCUCGUAUUUUAGUUAGGUUUCUUUUAAUUCCAUUGGUGAUCCUUAUAUGGAUCCAUAAAGAAAGGAUUUGCAAUAUGAAUUGGAAAAAACUAAGAAGAUAUUAUUUAAAGAUCAACCGUUUAGACCUGCAUCAGGUUAUAAGGAAUUGUUAGGAGGGCCUUGGCCACAUAUGAAAGAUUUUGAUAUGAAGAAGACUAGAAACUAUAAAACAGCUGAUGGUCGAGUUUGGUCAGCUCCUCGUAAUAUCACAACAAAUCCAGCUAAUAAGGAACUAUCAAAGGGUUAUCCGCAUCAAAAGGAUGAAUACGAUAGGUUUCAUUAAUAUUAACUGGUAACGAAUCCCUUUAUUCUAUGAUAGAAAUUAUAAAUGGAAGCAAAAAGAAAGGAAAAAGAAGUUGCUUUCAGAACAACAGUAGCAGGAGGGGAGAAUUUCAAUAAAGACAAAUAAGUAUUUGGAUUUGAUGGAAGAGCACCUCCUCCAAAUAAAGAGAAGCCACAUGACAUGCAUAUUAUGAAACAUGAAUAAAAUUUCAAGCCUUCAAACCCAGGUAAAAAGGGCUUUGAAGGAGAAUUUGAAUAAAUUACUUAUAAACCAGAUCCACUGAAACCCAUGAAAAGAAAAGAAUGGCCUAAAGGAAAAGAACAAUUCAGGCCCAACCAUUUAGUCGUAAUGUCAAGACCAACUCCAUCAAUUACAUGUUUCAAAUAGAACAUUAGAAGGGUAAUGAGUGCUAAAGGAUUCUGA